GGGUCUUAGUCAAAAGGUGUCAUCUUGCUGUGGACUGAAGGCCUACGACGAACUCAAUUAUAUAUGCUGUGAGUCUAACAUUGCAGCCAAGCCUGGUCCAAACGCCAAAUGUUGUGGUAAAGUGGCAUUUGAUGUGGACAAGCAGUUGUGUUGUGGUCCGAAAGGAUCUAAGAAGGCAGUGCCGAAAACCUCCACUGAACACCAGUGCUGUGGAGAUAAGCCGUUCAACCUUAGGAAUCAGUGCUGCUGUACUGUUCCUCCCGAGAGUCUUAAGAUUGAAUCCAUCAAUUCCUCUUGCUGUCCGUCAGCUCUCUGUGGAGAGAAGCCCUACAACAUAUCCAGUGAACUAUGCUGUGAUUCAACGGUUGUAAAUACAACUGUGCCAGAUGCCAGUUGCUGCGGUAAAGUGGCAUUUGAUAAACACACGCACUUGUGUUGUGGUCCGCAUAAUAACAAAACGUUCCUGCAGAAAGACUCCAGUGGCCACGUGUGCUGUGGACAUAAGCAGUACAACCCUAAGACUGAGUGCUGCCAUGAGAUGAAUGGAAGCCUAGAGCCAAUGCAGAUAAAUUCCAGCUCCUGCGUGCAGAAUCAGAAACCCUCUUCUCUGCUCAUUCGCAAAGCGACAACAUUUUGUAUCUGUGGGUCAAAGCGUUCCAGCUCCUGUGACAAAAACCAGCCAAAGUCUCAAUGUUGCUGCACCUCAGAACGUUAUGAGGGUGUCCUCACUGUGUAUGACCCAAGUGCGCACAUCCGCUGCGAUGGCUGUGUAACUGGAAGGAAACCUUGGAAAGAUCAAUGCUUCGGACAGACGUCUUAUUGCUUGGCACAAAGCGGAGUCCUCUGUCGUAAAGGCACCUUGUACAAGUACAGAGAUGAUGGGGAGGUAGCUGGAGGGACUCAUCCCUCACCUGAACAACACUACUGCGGGAGAGAACUCUAUCUUCCUGAGGAGGACAUCUGCUGCCAAGGACAAAGGCAUGCCAAAAAUGGAAACUCUCACUGCUGUGGGGGAGAAGCCUACAACAUCUCAGACCCAAAGAAGAAGUGCUGUGCGGGAAGACUUUACAACCUGACUGGACAAAGUGGAGAGAAAUAUUAUAACUGCUGUGGAUCCCUUCUGCAAACCGUAGAGAGUGUUUGCUGCUCCAGCGAGUUCAAUGAGGUGCUCUACUCUAAAAAGAGUGGGUUCGGAUGUUGUGAUCACCAGUACUUCAACGCCUCACUGUGGUCAUGCUGCGCAGGCAGGCUGAGUCCAGCAAAGAACCAAAACAAGAGUAUCAACGAAUCCAAACUCCUGUCCAUAAACAAUCUGAAUGAAUCAGAUCUUUGCACCAAAAUGCAAAUCGGAACAGUGGACAGUGUGUCUCUGAACAGCAUCGUGUUUCGGGAUGUGCUGGAAAUCCAUGGAAGAAAUGCCACUAUGACACAUUUGGCCUUGCCUCACAUCCUGAAGACACCUGACUGCUGCAGCUUCCCUAAACUGACCCCAGGAAAGAUCUACUUCUUUGAUGGAAAGAAUGUCUUCGCUGAUUUCAUCCACGAUUCUGUUCUCCAGUCACUCUAUUUCAUUUUUUCCAAGUGUUAUGGUCCUUAGGUCACCACCUUUACAUGUUGCCACCACCAGUUUAUCUGUUGCUGUAUUCAUGGUCAGGGUUGGUAAAUGUAUCUGAAAAAUCUUCAGUCUUUUAUUGCUUAUCAGCUAUUUAAAAAGUAGUUACAAUAUUUUUCUAUUAUCAUCAUCUUAAGGGACACUGUAAUUAACACGCAGCCAACUACGGUUUUUAGGCCGACAGGCUUUUCUCAUGCACUUUUUAUACGUACCUAAAAACGCAAUGCACUAUAAAUAGUAUGUGACACACCUGAUUGUGAGCCAGGAAAGGUGACGUAGUAUAAAAAGCAACAAAGCUCUUAUUGGGAGGAGGUUGAGGUUGAUGUGUGGGUUCAUCAAACUCAACCUCUGUCCCGUGUGAAACUAAAAGUCAAUGUUGAAUUCUUUGUUCCGUAUCUUUUGCACUAAAUAACCCCACUUCCAAGUAUUCUAACCCAAAACACUAUCCUUUCUAAACCUUACCAAGUAGCUUUGCUACCUAAACAGGUUCUGCAGUGCAGGGGGUUGCACAGGCACACUGUUGUAUUACUAUUGUAUUCCCAGAAUAUGGCACAACAAAUUACAAAAUGAAUGUCUCUGUGUGCAAAGUAUCAAUAAGCCAGCGAUUCUAAUCUAAAACACUUUCAUAACACUUAGUGAAUAUCUUCUCAUAAGCUAUCUGUCCGUUCUGUGUUUGCGUUACAAUAAAAAUGUGGUGUUCAGAAACAGGAUUACCUGAGAACUUGCCAUCUAACCUCGGGUCAAUGCCAUACAUCCUGCGUCACACAGUGAUGUGUGUCUGGUGCGCAUACUCCUUUGCUUGCAUCAGGUAAUUGUACAUUUUAAUAAUAAGCUAGUAAAAAGUUGUUUGUUAACCUAAUCGUUGCCUUAACCCCGGGCUUAAACCUAC